AUGGCUUCAAAAACAGUGGAAGCUUCAUUUCCUUCAAACCUCGAACGCACGGUGGCCUCCGCGCUUCUCCUCCUCUCCAGGAGUGCGGAGGGCAGCAGUCCAGAAAGCCUCGGCAGUUCAGGAUUUUCCGCCGUGAAAUCGAAUGGUGGAUGGGUGGCGGCGGAGGUGUGCGUUGAUGAAGAAUCUGCACCUGCUCAGCAGCUUACGGUGGUCGCGUUUGUUUCUGGAUUCGAUGAGCUGGACCUCAAGAUUGUGCGAAAAAAACGCUCAAAGACAAUCUGCAUUUCAGACGGCAAGAAACUGAAGUCCAGUGAGGAUGGACCCACAUCUCCUCCCCCAUCGUCUGAGAGUGUUUCUGGAAUAACCACUGUUGAGGCCUCCUGCAUGUCCAGCUCUUCUAGUUCCCAAAGCUUUUGCAGUCAAAGUAAUGCUGAUGAUAAACCAAGGAGAUCAGUCAUUGCAGGGCAUCUGGGCCGGACAGCUGCUGCCAUUCUCGGGGUUCUGUCCAAAGAGAGUGCUUCUGAGGUUAAGAUUCGUCAUUUGAUUGGUGAUAGUCCUUCCACAAGCAAAGCCCUGAGGAUCAAGUACAUUGUUGAAUCUCGUUUUGUUAGACAGUUGCUUAAGCUACAGGAGGUGAAGCGAUAUGGAGCUGGAGGACGUACCGACCCUUAUAUUUACACGGUAAAAUUGCUAUAGUUCAACAUUAAUCCUGCAAACAUCAAUGAAACUAAAAGAACU